CAAGGAACCCUACAGUAUAAAGGAAGGCCAAACAGUCUAGGGCUUCAUUGAUAUACGGUGCGGCGGCGACAUCGAAGUCAUCUUCGUCUCUAUCGCUUCCGGAACUCUGCUGCCUCAAUCUCGCAUUUGGAGAUCAUUUUCUCACACGCACCAUGGGGAAGACACGUGGUAUGGGAGCGGGGCGCAAGUUGAAGUCCCACCGUAGAAGGCAAAGGUGGGCUGACAAAUCCUACAAGAAAUCCCAUCUUGGGAAUGAAUGGAAGAAGCCAUUUGCCGGAUCUUCCCAUGCAAAAGGCAUUGUUCUAGAAAAGAUUGGUAUUGAGGCUAAGCAGCCUAACUCUGCUAUUAGGAAGUGUGCAAGAGUUCAGCUUAUUAAAAACGGGAAGAAGAUUGCUGCCUUCGUCCCCAACGAUGGGUGUUUGAACUAUAUUGAAGAGAACGACGAGGUUCUCAUUGCUGGAUUCGGUAGAAAAGGACAUGCUGUGGGUGAUAUUCCUGGAGUCAGAUUUAAGGUGGUCAAAGUGUCGGGUGUAUCUUUGCUGGCUCUCUUCAAGGAAAAGAAGGAGAAGCCGAGGUCUUGAGCUUUUCUUGGUUUUCCAAGAUUGAUUUUGUCUCUAUUUUGUUCAAAUCUAGCGAGAGGCAAGUAAUGAACAAUUGUCGCUCUUCCUCUUUAUCAUAACUACUAGUGAAGUUAAGAUUACAUCGGUCGCCUGAUGGGAACUUUUGUGCUUCAAUGCUAAUAUAGUUGAGACUCAAUACAUGCAUUACUAUUUUUUUUGCAGUCA